AUGGCGGAGCGGCGCUCGACGCUCCUCGCGGGCACCGCCCGUGGCGACCAGCGCCCGGCGGCGGCGGCGGCGACGUCGACGUCCGUCGCGACCAGGACCCCCGCGGGGGGCGACUUCGCCGGCGACUACUCCGUCAUGCUCGGCGGCUUCGAGGACUACUUCGAGGCGCCGCUCUCUGAGCGGAGCAACGCGGCGACGUGCUGCGGGGUGGAGCACGAGUUCGAGGCGCCGCUCUCCUACAACUUCCCUCACGACCUCCGCUCCGUCGUGCCCGGCCUCAACUUCUACUACGAUGCGAGGACGGACUGCGUCCGGUCGACGAAGUGCGAGCUCAUCGUCUUCGGCGACGACGUGAGCUGCGGCGCGUGCAUCGGCGUCCCAAACGAGGGCGAGUACCUGGAACACGCCGAGGUGCGCGCGCGGAUCGUCGACCUCGGCGCCUCCAAUAUCAGCAAGGUCUACCUGACGAACGCGCAGAAGGACCAGGGGCAGCGCCGCUUCUACGAGCGGUCCGAGCGUCUCCGGCUGGCCCUACUCGGACGCGAUCGACGUCUCGCGACGGCCAUGCGCAAGCUCGACACCUACAAGCAGCUGAUGGUGCUGAUCGCGACGAACAAGCUCUCAAGGGUGCGCGAGCUCUUCGCGCUCCAGCUGCGGCGCGGCGCGUCGCCGCACGCCAUGAUCGACGUCUUCAAGAAGGCCGCCUCGGGCUUGUACCGGCCCAAGCAGUACGACGACGAGCAGAUCGCGGAGACGGUCCUGGCCUGGCGCCUCGGCGCCCACAGCCUCGUCUACGCCCUGAACCACUCGAACUCUGCCGGCCUCGCGUCGCUGUCUACGGCGAAACGCCGCGGCAAGAUAGACGCGUUCUACGCCUGCGUGGAGGACGUGAGCCACGGCGUCGACGAGUCGCUCCUGCGGAUCCGGCUCAACCUCGAGCCGUUUUACGCGUCGUCGAAGUCGUCGGCCGUGAUCAAGAGCGACGCGUUCUGCGACAAGAGCUCCAAGAUGACCUGCUCCAUCGUCAAGCCCAAGCUCGCCGGCGAUGCCCUGGUCUGGUACCACGGCGUGGACCUCGCCGAGCGGCUCAAGGACGUCUCCACGGCGGGCGCGAUCACGUUCAACCCUGGGAUCGUGGCGGAAGACGCGGCCGCCGCGGACGAGCCGCGGGACCUGAAGCUCAAGCUCUCGAUCGGCGUGGCGGAGCUCGAGACGCUGCUCCACGUCCAGUACCAGGCCCGCGGCGACAUCGACAUGCCGACGCCCAAGUCGCGCGUCGUGCCGUACCUCGACGCCGACGACGUGCCGCUCUUCGUCGCGGCCGGGUCCCAGCAGGCGGCCACGUCCAUCGGCACGCACCAGGACUCCAAGAAGGACGAGAAGAUCGUGUGCGGCGUCGCCGGCUGCAACCAGGUCUUCACGCGCGGGAAGAUGCUCCAGCACGCGGGCUACCACAUCAUGGUGAAGGACGACGUCGGCCACGAGAUGCCGUGCGGCCUGUGCGCGGCGCGGCCCCAGGCCCAGCACGUCGUCGACGACGAGGCCUGCCCCGGUUGUCCGGCCUGGCUCGAGAAGAAGAAGAGGACCCUGAAGCCGUACGUGAAGUGCAAGGUCGUGGGCAAGAUCGCGUACCAACAAAGCGCGAAGACGAGCAAAUGCACGUGGAACGCGCCCUGCACGAACCACCUCAUCGAGUGCCCGGAGUGCAAGAGGAAUAAGACGGCGACGAAGCAGUUCUUCUGGAAGUACAAGUGCAUGCGGGCGCACUGGCGCCGCGUGCACCCGACGAUCUCGAUGCCGGCGGACCUCGUCAAGGAGCUCCAGCUCGACCCGCUGGAGUGCCAGUGGCUGAAGACGUUCGCCACGUCGUCGCUCCAAGGCGGCCAGGCGCGGAAGCGGGCGCUCGGGGCCAGGGACGCGGACGCGGACGCGGGCGACAAAGCGCGACGCCAAGCGACGACGACGAUGAUGGGUGCCGCAGCCCGCCACCACGUCCUCUGCUGCGCGGCGAGCACGGCCCUGGGCCACGGGCUCAACCGGUGCUGCGAGACGCUGGGCCCGCGGCGCUGGAUGCGAGACGUCAUGGGCACGCCGUGGUACUCCUGGCGGGUGGGCAGCCUCCACCAGACUUUCGUCUUCCCGCCGCUCCUGCUGCUGUCCCUGCGCGCCUGGUUCGCGACGCACGACGGCGCGCUCAGCGACUGGCUCCACAGCUCCUGGGCGUCCAACGGGGGCUCGCCGGCGCACGCGGCCUUCCACUACGCGUUCUUCGGGUAUUUGAUGAAGGACAUGUUCGUGAAGAUGUCGUCCGUGUUCUACGCGCACCACGUGCUGUGCCUCGUGCUCACGGUCAUGUCCAUCGCCGAGGUGCCGAACCCCUGCUCGGCGGUCUUCGCGCUCAUGGUCACGAACCUCGAGGCCGGCAGCAUGGCGCUGAGCGUGCACCGCCAGUUCCCGGCGAGCGCGGCGACGUCCUGGUUCUCGCUCGUCGUCAUGACGUUCAGCAACGUCUUCGGCGCAUCCUUUGCGAUUUGGUACGGCCUCUACUUCCGCUUCGGGUCGCUCGCCGGCCGCUGGAGCCUCACGGUCAUCGGCGUCGUGUUGAUGUACAUGCGCCAGGAGGUGGAACUGAAGCGGUGGCACGAGGUCCACGCGAAGGCGCGCGAGAAAAAAAAGGAGAAGAUCUGGAACGUCGCUUCGAGCUUGAUCGGUCUGCUGAUACUCGCCGAGGUCGCGGUGGUGAUUUUCGGUGCUGUGAUGACGGUCAUGUAUUUCACGAAGCCCAGCGGCUGCCCGGACGCGGUGCUGAGCAUGGCCGGCGUGUCCUACUACUCGUACCUCGCGCUCAUGUGCGGCCUGAUCCUCGCGACCGUGCUCAAGGGGGCGAUCAAGGACCUCCUCGAGGACCGCAGGCGGGCGCGGGCCGCGGCGAGCGCGGGCGAGGUGGUGCUGCGGGAGAAGUAA